UCUCUCAGUUGGGAAUCGACUGCCUGAGAAGACGAACGUUUUUUUUCUGUGUGCGUGAUUAGUUGUAAAAUUGAUCUGUUGCUGUCUUAUCUGUGGGAUUUUUAUUUACGCCGCCCCGAAUGGAUCUACCAUUAGAGUGGUUAAUCGCGCUGUUGGUCGGUGUUUUCGGUAUCAAUUAUCUUCUCGUUCGGCGGAAUUUGAAAUACGGCCAUCAAUGGCCGGGACCACCAGCAUUCCCGCUCAUCGGUUGCUAUUAUCUCUAUUUCAACAAGAGUCCAGAAGAUGUGCUCGCCUUUGUACACGGGCUGAAGGCCAAGUACGGGAAGUUGUUCUGUGUUUGGAUUGGCACUCGUUUGGCUCUGUUCUGCACUAACACCCGAGACUCGGAAACGGUUCUCAGCAGCCCGAAGUUGAUUCGCAAAAGUGAAUUGUACAAAUUUCUGGUUCCAUGGUUGGGAAAUGGAUUGUUGUUAAGCACUGACCAAAAGUGGUUCAACAAACGGAAGAUCAUUACGCCGGCGUUUCAUUUCAAAAUUCUGGAACAGUUCAUCGAAGUGUUCAAUCGUCAGAGUAGUAUCCUGGUGCGAAAAUUGAGACCGGAAGCUAAUGGGCAGCUGGUGAACAUUUAUCCGUACGUUACUCUAGCGGCUUUGGAUAUAAUUUGUGAAACUGCCAUGGGAACUGCGAUCAAUGCACAAACGGAUGCUGAAUCUAAAUACGUCAAAGCCGUCACCGAGUUAAGUUAUCUGCUGGCGGGUCGUUUCGUAAAAGUGUGGCAAAGAUCGGAUUUCCUAUUCAAUCUAUCACCAGACAAGAGACGACAAGACAAAGUGAUCAAGGUUCUGCACAAUUUUACAGCAAAUAUUAUACGAUCCCGUAGACAAGAGCUAAUUGCCCAUGGAGAAGCAGGAAUAAUUGGUGAUGACAGCAUUGGAAGUAAGAAAAAGAUGGCAUUCCUGGACGUUCUGCUACAGGCCACCGUCGAUGGUCGCCCACUGACCGAUAAAGAAAUUCAGGAAGAAGUGGAUACGUUUACGUUUGAAGGUCACGACACGACAACCAUUGCGAUAUCGUUCACUCUUUUGUUACUUGCACGGCACCAGGAUGUUCAAGAUAAGGUAUAUAAGGAAAUUACCGAAAUAAUGGGAACAGACCUUGAUGCUUCGGCCACCUAUCGGAACCUGCAGGAUAUGAAAUAUUUGGAAAUGGUCAUCAAAGAGUCACUUCGUCUGUAUCCGCCAGUCCCAAUAAUUGGAAGAAAGUUUACUGAUAAGACCGAAAUAAAUGGAAAAACUGUGCCGGAAAAUUCUAACUUCAAUCUCGGUAUUAUCCUUAUGCAUCGUGAUCCAACGUUGUUCGAAAGCCCGGAAAAGUUUGAUCCAGAACGAUUCAACCCGGAAAGGACAAUGGAACAAACUUCGCCCUAUGCGUACAUUCCUUUCAGUGCAGGACCAAGAAAUUGUAUUGGUCAGAAGUUUGCAAUGUUGGAGCUUAAGAGUACUCUUUCGAAGGUGAUUCGACAUUAUCGGCUCACCGUGGCCGGCCCUGAACCCAAACUGGUUGUUCAGCUUACGUUGAAGCCCAAGGAUGGUUUGGAGAUUGGAUUUGUUCCACGUGUCUAGGAUUAACUUCCGGCUGUGUAAAAAAUUGAACAUUAGAGAUUUAUUUUUCAAGAACAACAGUGUGAUAUCUAAAAGAAGCUACGUUAUUUAAGUUGAUAACUUAAAAAGAACACGAAACGACUGAUAAGUGCAAUUACAAUCCAAAUUGAUAGUACUACUUAAUAAUUUUAUUUACGUUGCAGUUUAUCUUAUUACUCAACAUAAUCACAGAAUAAAAUCGCUUCAAAAAUAUGCAAAUU